AUGACUAGCUCCUUGAGUCUAGACGCCCCGUCCAAGGACCUUGCCACGCACGAUCGUAAAGCAAUCUAUGUUGAUGAAGACACCGGUGAUGACUCCACAAAGACUACAGGCACCAUACAAGAUCCCUUUCGAACCCUUCUGGCCGCACAUAUCAGUUUCCCUCCGCAGUCGGGUAUCAAUACACCAAUCUACUACACUCGCGCCAAGAACCCUGAGGACGGCGAUGGAACGUGGAAGGAGGCUUCCAAGUCGGCGUUGAAGAAGACUGCCACACGGUUCGGUGAAUGGCUGAAGACGACAGAGCGACAAAAUAUCGAAGAAAUCAAACGAAAAGCCGCCAUUACGGAAGCAAGGAAAGUCAUUAUUGAGCAGGACGCUAGUCUUCCAGCUGCUGUGAAGCUCAAAAUCUCGGAACUCCAGCCUGAAGGACUGAUACUGGGCAACGAUACCGUCACAGGAACGCGAGUCAAAGUGGUUGGGAGAAUCGCAAAUAUUCGAGCUUCGAAGACCCGUACAUUCGUGUACUUGACAGACACGCGUGGCGAGCUGUUGUGCCUAUUCUCUGGCUCCGUCAAUGUUGUUGCGCCUAUCCUGCUUCAAAAACAAGCUUCGCUCGAAAUAUAUGGUGAAAUGAAAGAGGUUCCAGCAGAGAACAAGGCGCCAGGAGAUCGUGAGCUUCAUGUCGACUACUACAAGAUCAUUGGCGAAGCGCCAGGGGGACUGGAGGCCUUUACGAGCAUUGUUCCCAACAGUGCAGAUCAAGCAGCCCUGCCUGACUUCCGACAUCUUGUUCUGAGGCGUACGGAGGAGUCAAGGGUGAUGAAAGUGCGCGCAUCAGCGCUGUCUGCGUUUCGACAAUACUACAAAGAGCACGACAUGCGUGAGGCUUCUGCGCCUUCAUUCGUCCAGACUCAAGUUGAAGGAGGCGGAUCUCUCUUCUCCCUUCCAUAUUACGGUGGCAAAGCAUACUUGACGCAAACCUCUCAGCUAUACCUUGAGACGCAACUGCCGGUGCUAGGCGACUGCUAUGCUAUCCAGUCAUCGUUUCGCGCCGAGAACUCCCACACUCGCCGCCAUCUAUCGGAAUACACGCACAUUGAGGGUGAAUUGGAUUUCAUCACAUUUGGAGAUCUGCUUCAACACAUCGAGGAUUUCCUCUGUGGUGUCAUCAACAUACUCCUCGCGGAUCCAGAAAGUGCUAGCUACAUCCUCAGUCUGAACCCUGGCUUCAAGACUCCGAGCCGACCAUUCAGGCGCAUGCGAUAUGACGAAGCAAUCGAGUGGCUAGUGGAACACAAGAUCACCACCGAUGAGGACAAGCCUUAUGCUUUCGGUAUAGACAUUUCGGAAUCUGCAGAGAGAGCAAUGACGGACCAGAUCGGUGUCCCUGUUAUGCUCACGCAUUUCCCCGUCCAUCUGAAGGCGUUCUACAUGAAAAAAGACCCGACAGACCCUCAAGUCACCGAGAGUGUGGAUGUGCUGGUCCCCGGUGUAGGCGAAGUUGUUGGAUCUGGAAUGCGAAUGGAUGACUACGGAGAGUUACUUGCGGUCAUGGAAGAGAACAAGUGGGAUUUGGCAUCAUACGCAUUCUAUGCGGACCAGAGAAAGUAUGGAUCUUCACCUCAUGGAGGCUAUGGCAUGGGUCUCGAGAGGUUUCUUGCGUGGAUCCUGAAGCGACACACUGUUCGCGAAUGCGUUCCCUUUCCGCGUUACCCAGGCAAAUGGUCAGUGUUAUAG